AUGAUUAAAUGUAAUCAAGAAAUAGAAAUGAAAAAAUUACGUUUACAAAGUUUAGAUAUUGAAUUUUGUCUACCCCUAGGUGAUUCAUUCUGUACUGAACUUGUCCCUAAUAGUUUCUGUUCAAUUGAAAAAAAUGAAUGUUUCUGUAAAUAUGGUUAUUAUUCAAUUCAAGAAGAUGAUGGUAUCAUUUGUAAAACAUUACUAACAAAUGAUAAAUGUCAAUUGGAUAGUGACUGUAUAUAUGUGAAAAAUAGUAUUUGUCAUCCUGGUGCUGGAGCAUGUAUUUGUCCAUCUGGAACGAUUUACGUACCGGAAGAACAAUCAUGUAGAUUCCAAAUCAAAACAUUUACCAAUGAUUUCUGUGAUAAAUGUGAACGUUUUCAUGGAUUAUGCUACAAAGAUGAAAAUGACCGGGAAUUAAUUCACAAUUUUUCAUUAGCAUACAGUAAAUUCAACAAAAGAGUUCUAUAUGGAUGUAAAUGCCCAUACAAUACAGUUUCAAUUAAUACUAACCUCCUAUGGAAUAAAUCACAUAUCAAUCAAUCUAAAACAUUAAUCUCCAUUAAUAGUACACAAAUAUUAAAUUAUAUGAGUGAUAAAGAAAAUAGUGGCUUGUGUCAAGGUUUGUUAGGUAAGUCUCACAUUGAUAGACAUGAUGAUAAUUGUACCAUGUUUCUUAUACACUAA